GUAGAGUCACGUGGUCAUUGUUAUCUGUGGGUAUUGAUUUAGCAUAGAAGACGCACGUAGACUUUGCUUGUGCAAUCAUAUGUUCAAAGUGUCUUGGAGAUUAAAAGCAAGGACUCAAGGGACUUUUUCUGCAAGAGUUUGUUUUUCGCCAGGUUUUCUUGGCAUUAUGCCCAGGAUGUAUGAUUCAAUCAAAAUACCUAUCCUUCCCAAACAUUCUUCAGAUUGGCCAUACAUAUUUUGGUUCUAUUUAAAGAGUCUUGGACUUUUCAAUUCAGGUGUACUUGUCCAGCCUGCUAAAUGCAGUAGAUGUGCCUACGCCCACAAGCACCGCUCACGCCACCUGAUGUAUGUUCAGACAGAGCCCUGCAAAGUCUGUGACAGUUUACGCUGGAACCACUUAGGAGUUUCAACUGAAAUCCAUGAUUCUGAUAUAGCAUCUUCAUGGUUCAACCAGUGUGGGAGUCGGCCUGUCUCCUUACUCUGGCUAUUAAUUAUCACAGUCAUCACCGCCCUAGAUAUAGCAUACAUCUCACAUCGCUACAGAGACUCUUCGAAUGACAUCGUGACAACCCUGUCUCUGAUUGGCUCAAAACUUCUGUUAUUCAUUGCACCGCUGACAUGCUUCAUAUCCGUCUUGCAUAGCAUGUGGCCGCGUGGACUACCAGGAAACUGGGCUAAUGCGGUGGACAUUGAUUUUAUCAUUGGACGGCUGCGAUGUGUCAACAUGAAGCGUAAGAUGUAUUCAGGCAUCUUCAUCUUCACAAUCAGUCUCAUCCUUUUGACAGUGGAGUGUGUCCGACUCGCUGCGCCAUUCUUUGACAAAUCGCUUGUCUCUGAUAUUCAAGUUAACUGCACGCAUAAGGCAAACACCGCUAUUUUCUGCUUCGACGUGUUUCUAACCAUUGAGGGCUACAUCAACUUUGGGGGGCUCGUUUACAUAGUCUAUCUAUUACGUUGUAGUUAUGAAUCCGAAGUGAAACUCGUCGUAAAGUUCUUAAGACAGAAUAUCGAUGAUGUUGAUGUAUGCCGGGCACGACUUGCAGAGACGUUCGACGCUUUCCAUGCCUUCCGCGAGUUUUCUUCAGGGUUUAUCGCGUUGUAUUUAAUAGUCUGUACAGUCUGUAUCUUACUGGAGCUACACGUAUGGAUCGUGCAUACUGAGCCCCUUGCGCCUUUCCAGUACGAACACACUGUUCUGCUCAUCUUCUUCUUACUCAUGCCUAUCAUGGCGAUAGGCAACGUCGACUGUGACUACAUAUGGAACCGUCUCCUGCGCAAGAUUAGCCGAGAACGCAUUACCGCUGAGGAGGAGUCUUGGAACAAAGUGAUGCAGUUCUUACAGGAGCAGAAACCUGGUAACCGCCCCUGGCAAGCCGUGCUUGCAUUCGUGCUCUCAACUAUAGCUAUAUUCUCCGCAAUUCAGUUUAGACUCUGGACCAAUAACCAGGUUAUUAGCGUGUUUAUAAAGGGGAACGAUACAUUGGAAUUGCUAUCACAGCUCAGAGGACAGUUUUAAUCGGAUUGUUCUUGAAGAGAACCACUAGAUUUUCAUUGUUUUAUUGGGAGAGGUUCAUACUGGAAUAUUGGCGUACCACUACGUAGCAAAACGGGCCCUGUAUACUGUAGUUGAGACCUAAAAGCCAUUUAAUCAGGGGUAUGCUUGAUUGGGAAUUUCGUGCUAAUAACAGUUCGGUUUGUGCAUGUUUUAUAAUUGUUUUAUAAUUGAGAUAUGUGUGAUGUAAAUAGCAUCACAGAUAUGUGUAAAAGUCAGCAUUCAAACCCUUCUAAAGCAUCAAACCCUUCUAAAAGCGAGUAGCAUUGAACAAGUAAUAUUGGUAUAAUUUUAUAUAUUUUAAUAGAAAUAUUUUUACGUAUUUUUUACAACUUUUAACAUAAAUAUUGAAGCUAUUUCUACAGCACAUGAUGAGAAAUGGUUGUAUUUCAUUUAUGGUUGAUUUAGGGAUGGUUUACGUUAUUUGAGUACGUGUUUCUUAUGUAUUAUAUAUAAUGGAUCUGAA